GUCGUAGCGCACUCACACGUGUGUUCUUAGAACUAAAAUUAAAUGCCAAUUCAAAGUCUUCAAAAAAAAAAUUAAUACAUAAAAAUAUUUUUUCCAAGAUUUAUUACAAAAAAAUUAGGAAAAAUACUAAAAUCUUAUUUUUUAAAUAAAAAAAAACUUACUAUCUUUUAAGUACAAAACGUACAAAAUAAUGUAAAAAAAAUCAAGUCAAGUUAAUUUUCUUCUGACGUGAGGCGUGUUUUUGUUUCCUUUUUGUAAUUUUGUUAAAUUUUCAUAAAAUAUGUGAAAAUGCAGCAGGGAAAGCACAAAAUAUCCCUACAUAUAAUCGAAGUUUCAGGGCUUCCUGUGGUGCCGGAUGGAUAUCUCCUUAGUGCCUCAGUGGGGGAGAGUCAAUUGGAAACUGAUGCAUUUAUUGGAAAGGGACUCUCCUGCCGGAUUGACACCAAACUCGUUUGGGAAGCUUCCCGGCCAGAUAUUUCAAGACUGAAAUCCCGAAACGUCCCAAUAAAAAUAAACUGCAUCCGUCGGGCUAAAAGGAAGGAAAAUGCCAAAUGUGUUGCCACACUUUUGUACUCAAUUCGAAACAUUCCUUUUGGGCCUCCUGAAAAGGUUCAGGAAACCACUGCGCAUUGGUAUAAAAUGAACAAAACCUCUAGUGGCUUUGUCAGGGGGAACAUUGAGAUCCUCAUGGCUGUAGCAAUCACCAAAGAUGCCUCUGAAACCCCGGAAGACUUCUCGGAAGAAGAUGACAGCAGUGCAAGGAAGUAUCUGAGCGAGAGAACAGCUGGGAAUGAGUGGAAAGGGAAAAUUUAUCAGGAACUCGUUGAGCUGGAGCACUGGAAGAGGAAGCAGAAGCAUGCCUUCCUGUACAAUUUGCGGCAGAAGGAGGAAGUUCUCCUGAAUCAUCUCGCGCAGCAAUGGAGCGCCAAAUGUACCGGAGAAUCGGAUAAAUUGGCACAGAAUCUCAGGGAGUGUGUGGAAUUGAAGGAAACCCUGGAGGAGGAACAUAGAACUCUCAAGGAUCUCCUGACCAGGGGUGGGAAGUGCAAAUGCCAAAAUGGUGGAUCAGCAGCAGAUGAGGGAGAUACCCUGAAGGAGAUUAAGCAGGAAAAUAAGCAGCUCCGGAAGGAAAAUGAGGAUUUGAAGGAGAAAUUGGGCAGAGAAUCAUCGCUGAAGGAAGAAAUUUCAGCUCUUACGAAGGAACUUAGGAACGUUGCAAACGCCCUGAGGGAAUGUGAUAGAUCAAAAUCACACUACAAGGAAGAAUUAGAGAAAAUCCACGAAAUCCUUCAGGAUAUUUGUUCGAAGAGGGGUGAAACGACAAGAAGAACAUUCGACUUGAGGGAUUUGCUGCAGAAGGAAUAUCGUGAGAUGAUUGAGGAAAGGCAGGAAAUUGAAGCUGUGAAGCAGUCUCUUUGCUUCUAAAAUUGCAUUUUUGUAUCUUUCAAAUUGUUCAAUUUAUAUUGUUGUUUAAAAUACAAUUCUUUCAUUCUUUCCCAA